AUGACUCCCCAAGCCCGCCAUGUUAGCUGGAAAGACCCAGUUUCGUCAAACGAGCUUCCCCCUAAAAAUUCAGCUUCCAAACUGGCAAUCAGACAGAGAGAUGCUUCUCCCGUAAGCCCUCGUUCCACUUACCAUGAGUCAUCACAACAAUCUGACAGGAAGUGCCUCUUGCUUGACAGGAAAUCUGGCAGCCCAUCAGUGUUGCGUAAGUUUGGUGCCAUGUUGCAGGAGAACGAGGGAAAAACCCUGAUAGAGGACGGUCUUGUGACCACCGUUGUCUCCACUGAAACCCCAAGGCACUCGAGCACUCCUAUUUGCCAGAGCAAGAUUGACGCCAAGCGGGCAUCCACACGUGCGCCCGUCAAGAAAUGCCUUGCAAACUGUGACGUACUGGUAACAGAACUGGAGUCCAGCCAGGAGCCUUGGGCAGCUGGUCCUUCUAGUGGGAGGGGUGGUAGUACUCUUGAACAGUAUGGUUUGGCAUAUAACUUAAGCCCAUCACAGUCUCACCUUAAAUCGAAGUAUCACAAGGCGCCUCCAGGGCCAAAAGCCCACAAAGCCGGCUUCCAGGGUGAGGACCUAUUGUCUGACUACCAGAUGGUGGAAAGGAUUCUGGCAGCAGGAACUCAAAACUUCAGUAAGACACACACAGGGCUUGGUGUUGAUAAGACAAGACAGGGAAAUGACAACUUGGAGCAACUUCUAGAAAUGAUGGAAAUAGAGAACAACAGAAGUCAGAGGGCCACAUUCACCCAGCAACUGGACACCAAGCAGGUCAACCACGAGUCAUCUGUUGCCCCAAGCAGUAGCAAUUUUUCCCGUCCUGCUAGACCAGCCAAUCAACGCCGUCCAUCCAGGUGGGCAAAGCAUACCCCCUCAAGCAAAAUCACCCACACAUCCUGCCAAUCAAGCCCUGGCCUUAAAGCCAAACAGUUCUUGAAUUCAUAUUCCCGGCACACAGAAACGGUGAUCAUGUGACCAGGAUAGAGCAACAUUGAAUGGACACAUAAAAGGACAUUUUCACCAAAUGGAAUAGACGAACCUUUGACCUUUUUUAGAACACCUUUUUUCUUUUUUGUACAUAACCACCACAGCUUCAAAGUAACUUAUUACAGCCUGCUAGGAUGGCCUAUGCUGUUUUCAUUCAACUCUACACUGUUGCUUUGGAAAGAAACUCGAGUGGAAAUUCUCUAACCUGGUGAACUUCUGUGCCUAGGAACCUUUCAUUGCCUUUUUCUCUUUGUUUCUUUGUCAUUCUCAUUACAUUUUUUAUUAUUUUACUUUUUUUUUUAUAUUUUCCUGAGUGCUUUGUGUACGGUUCAGUUCUUUGGGUGCCAUCUAGGGCAUUUUUUGUAACCAUAUAAGCAUGUAUGCUACACGCAUAACAUAUUUAGGCAUACAUGGAGUUAUUGAGCCUUAUCUAUUAUGCAUUAUCUGUAAAGGCGUGCGCAAAUGUUUUGAUGUUCUGUCCAAGUCCAUUUCAGUGCUGCAUUAGUGCUUCAUAAUAUUGACAUACAGAGGUUGUAAUGGGCUCAUAAUCUUUUUGUAAGCCUUAUUUGAUUGUGCCUGACGUGGGCUGUAACUACGCGGUGCAUGGCACCUUUCUGCGGGAACAUGUCUGCAUUCUCCAGCCUUGUAAAAAAAAAAACCUUUAAGUUCAACAUCUGUGAAAAGUAAAUUAUAUCUUUUGACCAUAUUAUAAUGAAGAAAUGCUUCGGAAUGUUUAUUUAAUGUUGUGAUAUGAUCCUUACAAAAACGUGAUGCUUUUUGUCUCUUUUUUUUUCUUUCUCUGUAUAAUAAACGCAAGUGCUUUGACGAGUCAGUGAAACGCUUGAA